GCGGCCCCGCAGCUGCAGCCUCAGCACCUGCCGCGGCCAGACGGCGCGGGCGCGGCCGGCCCUGCGCGCCCCUCGGCUGCAGCGCGGCGCGGGAGGCGGAGCCCAGCCGAGCCCGAGCCGCGCCGCUGCCCUAGCCUCGCCCGCGUCCGUGCCCGCCGCUGGGCGGGGCCGCCCUGGCCGAGAGCUUGAGCCCGGGCCGCGUCCGCGCGGGCGGCGCCUCCUCUGCAGGUAAAUGGAAGAGCUGGAGACCAGUUUAUUUCAGACACGGAAAGCACACAGAAUAGAGCAAAUGGUGGCAAGAUGGCUUCGGCGCUCCCGGGACAGCUCGGCCCGGGCUAAAGUUGCUGCUGCUGAUGGGCCCCCCGGGAUCCCAGCCCAGACCCUCACCACUGUGAAACACACAGUAAAAAUAGAAAAAGAUGCUGUCCUCCAGGACUAUGGAUUUCACAUUUCCGAGAGCCUUCCCCUCACAGUGGUGGCCGUCACAGCAGGGGGCUCCGCUCAUGGCAAACUUUUCCCCGGUGAUCAGAUCCUCCAGAUAAACGACAAGUUUGCCGAAGACCUUUCCUAUGAACGAGCAGCCGAUAUUCUGAGGGAAGCUGGAGAUUCUCUUUCAAUCACAGUUGUUCGCUGCACGUCGGGAGUCCCCAAGUCAUCCUUCCUGACUGAGGAGAAGAGAGCCAGGCUCAAGACCAACCCUGUGAAGGUGCACUUUGCUGAGGAAGUGCUCGUCAGUGGACACAGCCAGGGUAAUUCUCUUCUGUGUAUGCCCAACGUGCUCAAGCUGUACUUGGAGAAUGGACAGACCAAAGCUUUCAAGUUCGAGGCAAACACAACGGUGAAGGACAUCAUCGUCACAGUGAAGGAGAAGCUGUCGAUCCGAAGCACGGAGUACUUCGCGCUGGCCCUGGAGGAGCAGUACAACAUCUCCCGGCUGCACCUGCUGCACGAGGAGGAGCUCAUCCAGCAGGUGGUGGAAAGGGAGGAGACGCAUGACUACCGCUGCCUCUUCAGGAUGUGUUUUGUUCCCAAGGACCCCCUGGACCUCCUGAAAGAAGACCCCGUGGCCUUUGAGUACCUCUAUCUGCAGAGCUGCAGCGACGUGCUCCAGGAGCGCUUUGCUGUGGAAAUGAAAUGUAGCUCUGCUCUCCGACUUGCGGCUCUGCACAUCCAGGAGCGCAUCUACGCCUGCGCCCAGCCACAGAAGAUCUCUUUGAAGUACAUAGAGAAAGACUGGGGAAUAGAGAACUUUAUAUCUCCAACUUUACUCCGAAACAUGAAAGGCAAAGACAUCAAGAAAGCCAUUAGCUUCCACAUGAAGAGGAACCAGAAUCUGCUGGAACCCCGACAGAAGCAACUUAUUUCUGCUGCCCAGCUACGCUUAAAUUAUCUACAGAUCCUUGGGGAACUCAAGACGUAUGGUGGGAAAAUCUUUAAUGCUACUUUAAUGUUACAGGAUAGAGAAUCCUACAUUGCCCUUCUGGUUGGAGCCAAGUAUGGGAUUAGCCAAAUUAUCAACAGCAAACUCAACAUCAUGUCGACAUUGGCAGAGUUUGCAAACAUCAGCCGCGUAGAGCUGACGGAAGAGUCUGAGAAAGUGAGCAUGGUCAAAGUGUAUCUUCAGGACGUCAAGGUUCUGACUUUGCUGCUGGAAUCCAACAGUGCAAAAGACCUCGCCUGCCUGAUUGCCGGCUACUACAGGCUGUUUGUCGACCCAGUUACCUCCAUUUUCCUCUGGCCAGGGAACAAACAUCAGGGGCACCGGGUGUCUGCUGAAGAAGGCUACGAAUCCAGGGCGUGCAGCGACUCCGAGGAGUCCUCGGAAGUGGACUGCAUGCCGGAGCCUCGCUCUGACGGACGCCUACCGAAGCCGGGCCCCUGCAGACCACUCGUACAAGAGCAGCAGCCUCCUGGGGACAGCCCCGCGCCUGAGGUGGCCAGGAGAGGCCCGAGCACCUGCGGGGCCAGCAGCACGACAGACAGUGCCGAGUCUGAGGCGUCCGACUCGGCCAACACUGAGAGCCGAGGCUGCAGGACCAGCGGCUCGAGCGAGUCCGUGGACGCCCUGGAAGAGGACGACUUGGACGCCUGCUCCUCCAGCAGGUCAGGCUUCUUCCCCUUUAGCUCGCCAGGCUUCCUAGAGAGUCUGGAUUCCGACAGCCAAGAGGAGAGAAACAGGAUUGAAACGAGUGGCUUCCUGUGUCUCCUGGACCUGGCCCAGAGAGCCAACGCUCAGGGCCAGAAGACAGAGUUUCCUGAGAGCCCCGCUCCCGAGACGUUCAGCUGGGGACCAGAACUGAGUGCGGUCCCACUGGACCCCAGGCUCUAUGAGGGCAGCCAGACCGCCUACUACAGCCUGUGCUCCAGCGUCUCCCCGGCCAGCCACCUGAGCGACAGCUCGGAGAACACAGCUUCCCGGCAGGGUGGGGGCCCGCCAGCCUGGGGGCAGCAGGGCUGGACGGAGCCCCAGCCCAGCUCCACGCUGGAAGCUCUGGCCCCACAUCUGCCGCUGGCCUUUGAGGAUGGCAGCUCGGAUGAGGAAUACUAUGAUGCUGCCGACAAGCUCACACCCCCAGACGCCCUCUCAGGGCCCAGAGCUGUUUCUGCUGCAGACCCCAGUGCCACAAGCCUGCAGAAUACGGCUAGGACCUGCAGCCUUGAGGACAGCCUGAAUCCUGGGCUGGAUGGAAGACAGCCAAGCAGAAGGGGAGGGGUGAAGAAGUAUGCCAAGACCCUGAGAAAAAGGAGGUCAUUCCUGCAGACUGACUACACCUGUCAGGUCUCAUUUCCCCUGGUGCCAUCAGCCUCCCUGGAGAGCGUGGACCACGUGUGCUACUAUGACAGGGAGCCCUACCUGGCCCUUGGUGCACCCUCCCUGACUGUGUCCUCACUGCAGGAUGUGCAGGCUGAGCCCGGCCUCCUAGAGACCAAGGCCCUGGGGCUGCUGGCUUCCCUGGGCGAGACCAAGAACAAAAACCCAGCCUCCCGGGUCAUGGAGAUGGAGCCCGAGACCAUGGAAACCAAGUCGGUUAUCGACUCUCGAGUGUCUUCUAUUUCUGCUGUUCGCCUCCGGAUUGACCCCAACCAUAGAGAGAAUUCUGCUGCUGUUGCCGGUUCCCCAGCAAGCACCCCUCGCUGUUCCAACCCAGGUUUAUCUGGCCCAGAUACUGCUCAGGCAGGGCCUUCCCAAACCUUACCUCCAUUUCAAGACUCAGAGGGUAGUGCACGCGAGGAACUUGCCAUAGAGCUUGGGGACAGCACCUCUUCCCUCUGUAGUGCUGACCUGAACCCAGACAGAGUCUGCCUGACCGUCAGCCCAGGGCCACAUAGUGUCUCUCCAGGAGACACACUAGAGCUGGGAGGAGUCCAGCUGGAAAUGGGAUUGGGAUCUUUGUUUACAAAUCAUAUGCAAGAACCUGCCCCCAAAUCCACAGAGCCUUUGUUGUCUCCUCAAGACAGGCCUAGAAGUGGUGAAUGUGGAACAAAUUCAGGAGAGAUGAUGGCUUCUUUCCCUACAAAGGAGGAGCAACGAGGACAACUAUCUUUGGAAGAUGAUGGAGAAGUUAGAAACGAAAAUGGCACCAACUUAUUUCAUGAUGAAUCUGGGAAGGAUUCAGGUGAUGCUGAGGGUGAUGCAUUCAAUGCUAUUCCACAGACUGUUGGUGUCAGCGAUCCAGCUAGUGGAGCAAUAGCCUCCUUCUCCAUGGAGACUCCUGUAACAGGCACUGAGCAGACUCCAGCACAUUCCCCCAUGGACCGCCAAGCACAAAGCAGAGAACCCCUAGGCCAAGCCUGCCAGACCCAAGAACAACGACUACUACUAGCAGAGCUGGAUUUGGACCCUGAUUUCUUGCUUAGGAACCAGAUCAUUCCAUUAGCCUGUCCUCUGGAAGGGGUCAAGGCAGAGCCACUUAACCAUGUGACAGGGGAAGAUGCAGCCCAUAGGGACACUUCUCAGCAGGUGUCUUUUAAUCCAGGGCCUUUGCUGCCAAAGCCACCACCGUGUCCCCAAGAGGAGCCCCACUUAGAAAGUUCAAACCAUGGUUCGCUGUCAGAAAGCAAAGACAAAAGCCCUAGCAUCUGCUUUCCUGCUGAGAACGCUUUCCUGUGCUUGGCCCCAGAAAGCCAUCCAAAAAUUUCUGCCAAUCUCAGGACGGCCACAUCUCUGGGUUUUGCGGGUGUGAAUGAGACAGCAGCCCCCAGGUUUGGGAUGGAGCAGUGCAGCUGCCAGUUCUCCUAUGCCACGUGCUUCCGGGGCCUGCAGCCGGAGACACAGGAAGAUGACAGGGACUUGGAAGCACACCUCACAGCCCCGCUCACCUCGCCACCCUCUGCAGGCAGCCGGCUGGCGCAGCCCUGGAGGCGUACCCGGGCCCACAGCUGCAGUGCUGAGCCCCUGUCGAGGAACAACCACACCUGGCCAGAGUACUGCUCCAAGGCUCUGAGGCAGCUGAAAGCUGCCCCAACCAGCACCCCCGAGGGCUUCAUCCAGCUCACAGAGAGCUUGCUGGAAUUACAGGACAUUCUAGAUGCUGCUUGGGGGAAUGCGAACAAACACCCGCCAGAGAAGUGCACCUGGCACUUUUCUGAAAGCCGGAGCCGGCUCUGCAUGGGCUCCCAGAAACUCCUGUCGAGCUGUCAGCAUGUGAUCAGAAUGGACCAGUCCGCUGAAGAGAUGCAGGGUGCUGUGCGUGACACCUUCCAGCACCUGGUCCAGCUGGCUGGCCUGUGCUUCCAGUUCACAGACUGCAGCCGCUGCUCCGCCCGGCACAGGGAAGCGGCAGGGAACCUGAGGGACGUGGUGGACACCUACCACCAGUUUGUGGAGGCCGCUAAGCUGACCUGCGAGAGAGGCUAUCAAGACCUCAGUGUGAAACUCUUGGCCCGUCAGUGCACUGCCCUCACGGCCGCCGUGUUCUGUUUGACCCAGAAAUUCCGGGCAUCCACUGCCCUGUGAGCAGGCCGGCUGCCCCGGCCCCCUGCCCUGCCCUGCCCUGGACACUUCCCUGAGAAGUCCCUUCCAUUCCUCCACCCACCCCUCUCAAAUGUUUACUAUUUAGAAUAUUCAAAUAAACUGCUGCUUAAUCUUGGCCUGAAUCAUACAGAGUGAUGAUAAGUUUGGGUCAGAACAUUCAGUUAGAUUCAUUCAACAAACAUUCACUGGAUACCUCCUUUAUACCAGGCCAUGUACUAGACGCUUAGGCUAUAAGGAUGAAUGAGACAAGUCCCAGCCCCUGUCAGGAUGCUUGCAGACCCUCUGGGGGUACAGAUAAGUGGAUCACCAUCAGGAAAGUGUGUAUCCUGAACGGAGCAUGCCCUGGGGAUGUGGAAGCAAGAAGUCACAAACCGUCCCAAGAAGACAGGGAUGAGGGAGGAAGGGGUGGCGAGGGUCACGAGAAACACAAUCUUAACUUCUUGUAUCACACUGAUUUGGCGAUCACCUUCGUAAUAGGAGUGAAUGCAUGUGAUAUUUGAUAGAUUCCACCUGGGAGGGUUUUGGUUUGCAGCCCUGCACCAGGAGGCCUGGUAGCUUUGUCGGCCUCGCUGCGACAAGCACAGGUUGCCACUAGGUGGCAGUAACUUCAUCAGUUGCAUGGCCCCAUUCAUCCAGGUGUGCUCGGUGCUGUAUCUGAACCUGACAGCGCUUCUGAAUCUUGCACCCUAUUUCUCUUUUAAAUAUCUAAAAAGGCAAACAUUAAGGCCCUGAAUUAGAUUUGCCUUUUUAAGAGUCAUGUUAGAGCAAAAGAAAUGUAUUCAGUACCUUUCUCACUAAUCCUAGUUGAGCCAGUUAAUCCCAGUUAAUCUUGGUGGGACCCUGGACAAGCAACUUAACUUCUCAGUGCUUUGGUUUUCUCUUCUGUAAAUUGGGGGAACUAACAGUGCCUGAAGUGUAGGGUAGAACUCUAGCAAAUACUCAGUUACUGUUGAUAAUAACCCCAGCCUUUAUGGCUGCCUCUCCUGGUCAGAAACCCUCGCCUGCAUUUGUUUGCAGACAGGAAAGCUGACUUCAGCAUAGCCCUGGGAUACCUUUCUCCCCUGGCUUCUCUGUCCAGGCCACAGGUGGUCUAGACACUCACCUUGGGCUCCUAGAGUUCACUCGAGGGGUCCCUUCUCUGGGGCUCCUGAUCAGCUGUGAGCUCAGGCUGCCCGCCGUUCGGUUCCUCCAGGGCUCUCUCAUUCCUCUGCUUCUGCCAGCACAAGCAGGAGUGGAGACGAAGGUAUGCAGUCACAAACCCGAGCUCUCUCCAGUCAGAAGGAAAGCAAUCCUUUGGGAGGAGAGAAAAGAUAUUCUUCCCAUCCCCUGUUACCAGUUACUUGUUAACUAGUAACCAGUUACCCAGUACUUGUGC